AUGAAGUCCUUCUCUAUCAUCAUCGCCCUCUUCGCCGUCGCCGCCAAGGCCGACAACAGACUUCUUCAGACUGCCGCUCCCGUCGCUGUCCCAGUUGCCGUUGUCCCAGUCGCCGUCCCAGUUGCAGCAGCUGGUUCUUCUUCCGGAUCUUCCGUCAAGAGUGCAUCUUCUUCCAAGUCCUCUUCGCGCAGAAAGCUUCAAACUGCUGCCCCUGUUGCAGUUCCAGUUGCCGUUGUCCCAGUUGCCGUUGUCCCAGUUGCAGCCGCUGGUUCUUCUUCUUCUUCCGGAUCUUCCGUCAAGAGUGCUUCUUCUUCCAAGUCUUCUCGCCGAACAUUGUAA